AUGAAACGAACUUCCCCCACCACAUGUUACUUUAUUGGUCAGAUCGGAUUUUUCCUAUUUAAUAUUAUUCUCGGCUGCCUGUAUUGGAUUCCAGACGGCAACACCUUGCUUGGGGUUUCUAUUGCCUCUGUCUUAGUUGGAGGCUUCACCAACAUGCUCUAUCUUGUUAGUGCCUACAGCAUUAUUACUAAUCAGUAUCCCAAGAGCGAAGGCGUUGUGAUGGCAUUCCUGGAUUUCAUCUGGGCGAUUGGGAACAUGGUGGGUUCCGCAGUUGGCGGAACAUUGAUUGAUCUAUGGGCUUAUCCACUUCCCUUUUUUGUCUUGGGAACACUCAUCAUAUUUUCAAUUCCGUGGAUCGUAAAAUAUCGAGCAACAUUCAACCAAGAUCCAGGUAUUGUUUUCUGCAGAAAAAUAAGCAACAAAAACAGUAUGGACAACGAACGCGGAAAGAGCCGCAUUUCUGAUUAUUUCUCUGUUCUCAGGCACAUCGUGUUCUGA